AUGAAGGUCUCUAUGGCUUUAGAGGUCUUGAUUCUUCUGGCUGCCUUUAUUUGGCCUUGUGCUGAGAACUUCGCUGUGAAGAUAAGUUGUUCCAUGGACUGGGUGAUGGUCUCGGUUAGCCCAUAUGCACACAACAGCGAUCUGUAUAUAUUCGCCGAUGAAUUGUCUUUGGGAUUGGGCUGCCCUGUGACUCGGAUACAGACAUAUAUAUAUGAUUUCAUAUACCCUGUUCAUGAUUGUGGCAUCAGGACAAAGGUUGUCUCAGAGGAUAUUCUUCUUUUUCAAACUGAGAUAUACUUUACCCCAAGGAAUAUACAUUGUUACCGGCAGAAAAUUCCUCUGGAGUGUUCUGCUUCUAGGAAAUCAGUAUGGCUUACACCAGUUUCAACUGAUAAUGAAAUUAAAUUGGAUCCUAGUCCUUUUAUUGCUGACUUUGAGACAACACCAGAAGAGUUAGGAUUAUUAAAUACUUGCCAAACUUUAGGCUCUCUCCUAAAGGAGAAGGAAUUCAAGUGCUAA